AUGGCGACGGUCCCGGUCAGCGAAGUGAAGAGCAACACGCGCGAAGGCAGAACUGCAGCCCAUAGCCAUAUCAAGGGCUUGGGGUUGUCGAGUGAUGGGCGCGCGACUCCUUCUGCAGGUGGCUUCAUCGGCCAAGCUGCAGCUCGAGAGGCAUGCGGUCUGGUAGUCGACCUUGUCAAGGCGAAGAAGAUGUCGGGGCGAGCUGUACUACUUGCAGGAGGACCCGGAACCGGAAAAACCGCACUCGCAUUGGCUGUCAGUCAAGAGCUGGGUACGAAAGUGCCCUUCUGUCCGAUCGUCGGCAGCGAGAUCUACUCAGCUGAGGUCAAGAAGACGGAGGCGCUUAUGGAGAACUUCAGGAGAGCAAUAGGGCUGCGCGUCAAGGAAACCAAGGAAGUCUACGAGGGCGAGGUCACCGAACUCACACCCGAAGAAGCCGAGAACCCACUUGGAGGCUAUGGCCGCACAAUCUCACAUCUGCUCAUCAACCUCAAGUCCGCCAAGGGCACGAAGAAGCUACGCCUAGACCCAUCGAUCUACGAGGCGAUACAGAAGGAACGCGUGCGUUUGGGAGAUGUCAUCUACAUCGAAGCGAACACGGGCGCGGUCAAGCGCGUUGGUCGAUCAGACGCGUACGCGACCGAAUUCGAUCUCGAGGCAGAGGAGUAUGUGCCAAUACCCAAGGGCGAUGUGCACAAGAAGAAGGAGAUUGUACAGGAUGUCACGCUACACGAUCUUGAUGUAGCGAAUGCAAGACCUCAGGGUGGACAGGACAUCAUGAGCAUGAUGGGCCAGCUGAUGAAGCCCAAGAAGACUGAGAUCACGGAGAAGCUGCGGUUAGAGAUCAACAAGGUCGUCAACAGGUACAUUGACCAGGGCGUGGCUGAUCUUGUUCCUGGUGUGCUAUUCAUUGACGAGGUUCACAUGCUUGAUCUUGAGGCUUUCACCUUCCUUAACCGCGCCCUCGAAUCGCCAUUGUCACCCCUUGUCAUCCUCGCUUCGAACCGCGGCAACACGCACAUUCGUGGCGGAGAGAACCUUCCCCCCUCCGCGCACGGCAUCCCUUCAGAUCUACUUGCCCGUCUUCUGAUCAUCCCAACACAUCCUUAUGGCCCAGCAGAGAUCAAGUCGAUUAUUACCACGCGCGUCCAGACGGAGAAACUCAGCAUCUCAGAUGCAGCAAAGGACAAGGUCAGCCAACUCGGCGAGAAGGUCAGCCUUAGAUAUGCGCUGCAACUACUUGCACCAGCAAGCGUAUUGGCAGACGUCAGCGGACGAGAAGGCAAGCAGAUUCAGGUUGAAGAUGUGGAAGAGUGCCAAGAUCUCUUUAUCGACGCAAGAAGGAGUGCGCAAAACAUGGGCGAGGCAAAUGGCUACAUUGCAUAAUGGGGUUGUUUGCGAUGUACGAUUAGGCUGGCGUUGGGAUAUGGACACUUGUAUGGCGUUGCCGCGCUGCAGGACAUGGACUGCAAAAGUUAGCGCAAACAUGUAACUGAAUACCUGAGUAAUUCGAAAAAUAAUCGG